AUGAAGAGGUGCAUUGGAUGGAAAAACAUUGCAAUUGAAUGCCCUGCUAAUAGUGGAUCUAAUUUUUUUAAUUACAAAAAGUUUUAUAGUAUCGUAUUGAUGGCCAUGUGUGAUGCUAGGUACUGUUUUACAUUAGUGGAUAUUGGAAAUAACGGAAGAGACAAUGAUGCACAAAUUUUCAAAUUCUUUGCACUCAAACUAUGGUUAAUGAAGCCAUAUGGGGGUAAAGGAUUACCACAAAAGAAAGAAAUAUUUAAUUGCAGACUUAGUCGUUGCAGACGAACAAUAGAAAACAGUUUUGGCAUCCUUUCAGCAAGGUGGAGGAUUUUUCGCCGCCCAAUCAAAGCCAAGCCUGAAACAGUUGACUUGAUUAUAAAAGCAUGCUUAUGCCUGCAUAAUUAUUUACAGCUAACAUACAAUGCCCAUUACAUCCCAGCUGGUUUUGUAGAUGCUGAAGAUACUACAGGUAAUAUCAUACCUGGUAACUGGAGAAGCAUUACAUCAGGUGAUAAUGGUGCAAUGGAAGCAUUCACAGUUGGAAGGGCAAAUAAUAGAUCUUCCUGUGAAGCUAUUGAAGUUAGAGAAAAAUUCAAGAAAUAUUUUACAAGCAAAGAGGGAUCCUUGUCUUGGCAAGUCACUUAUGUAAAUAGUUUUUAAAGUUAACUGACAUAUUGUCUAGAGUAUAGUCUAACCAUAAUCUGCACCUUAGCAUAACCUGUAGCCACUAAUUUCAGGUUUCAUAUAAAUAAAAUUAUUAAGUUGUUAAUAGCCUUGUUAUUACAAUAGUUGACUACAUGGUUUUUAUUCACAGAUCAGUGAUAGUUAUUUGUAAAAAGCCAACCUCAUUGCAGCAUAAUUUAGCAUACUUGUGUGUAUGCAAAUAAACAUUUGAGUUAAAAUUUAUCCUAUCAACAUCUUUUUAUGCUUGAUGGCAAAUGAAAUUAUUCGCUCCAGGACUAUUGACUCCGAUGUUAUCUAUAACAUUUACACUGCAUUGCAAGAUUUUAGACAUUGUAAAAUAUAUAUUUGCAACUAACAUGUAUUAUGAACAUUA